GAACGGCCAGUUCACAGCUUGAGCCGGCACAAUCUUGUGCAGAUAUGGAACACGGCUAGUGGAGCACAAACGCUUUGCUUUGAGUCUGUUGUUUUUCCUCCGAUUCCAGGUUCUUGGAAUACAGCCACACGUUCGCCUCUCACGUGUUUGUUGGCGCCAUCCCACCGGAGUACCCAAACGACUUGCCACUGCUGCUAACUUCCUCGCCGGACGCAACCUGAGACAGCUACAAUGGUGCCAAUCCGCCUGCGUUUUGUCUGAUGGAAGCCUUGCUGCGUCUCUUCUUCCUCUCCGUCGUGUUCCUCAAAGCCCCAGGUUGCAAGGAUCCUGGUGCAACACGUGAGCUGCUGCUGCCAGCGUGCUAAGUUAUUGAACAUGCCCCAUCGUGAUUGAAGUCCAUCGAUUAACUGUGGGUAAUCUCUAUGGCGGACGAUGUCGCCGUUUCACCAGCAACCAGACCGACACGAUAUCAAUGCCCGCAAUGCGAACGUAGCUUCAUUCGCCGCGAGCACUUGCGACGGCACUCCGCGAUCCAUGUUGCAACAGCUGCGUUCAUCUGCCAUAAAUGUCUCAAGCGCUUUACAAGAAGCGAUGUCCUGACGCGUCACGAAGCAACGCACUUUGUAACCUCAAGUGGACGCAAGCAGAAAGGAAUGCGCUCAUGCAAAGCUUGUGUCGUGGCCAAGUCGCGAUGUUCUUCGACACUGCCAUGCUCGCGAUGCAUCGACAAGAUGAUAGAUUGUCAGCCGCAGACAACCCCAAGAGGGCAUUCAAGACCAGUAGAUGAGGAAGAUGCAGCGGCUCGACGAAGUUCUGCACCGCUUCUGCCCAGUGGCAACGACAGUCCAGUUUCCGUCGACUACUGCACGCCACCUUCGACUAGCACGGUGCCAACCUCGCAAUCUACUCCAUGUCAGCAAAGCCAAAUUACUUCAGUGCUCUCAACCUUUGAUGUUAUGCUAGAGAGCGUGCAGCAGACUGAAGAUGUCUCCAUGCAGGGUAAUGUUGCUGGUUCUGCGAGCAUGGCCUCACUGAGCACGCCCAAUGAUCCGCUGGGACCGUCCUCUAUCGCCAGCAGCGACGUGCCGCACUUAGCCGUCAGCGCCAAUGAGUCUGGAGUGGAGCGCGUCAUGCGGAGCAGCGAAUUGUAUGUAGACAGUGACGGUGCAAGACUCCCGAGAAUCAAAAGACCGCACGCAACCCGAGCUGGAAGGCCACCACUUCGGACACAAGCAAAAAGCAAUAACCCAUUCUGCUUCCCUAUCUCAAGGCCACUGACACCAGAACUUGAGGAUGAGUCCUUGCGUUUUCGUUCUUUCUUGCGGCAGGAUGCCUGGGAAGAGAUGAGGGAUCGUUUCGAGAGCUACUGUCUGACACCAUCAGCUGUUUUCCCAUCUUUCUCGUCCAGUCACUUUCCAAACCAGCACGACUUUGAAGUCAUGAUAUUAGGAUACUUCGACAAUUUUCACCAAAUACUCCCUUUACUUCAUCUGUCGACAUUGACGCUGGACCGUUCAUCAUGGCUCUUGGCGCUAGGCAUUGCAACAAUCGGCAGUCAUUUCCUUCAAGGGGAUUCAAAAUUCAGAUAUGUGGACACCAUGCACGAGUUUCUCCAAAGGGCUUUGGUGUUUGCGGCUGAGCACGAGAACGAACCAAUUGACACAGGUCAUGUUACUGCCAAGCUCUUGCAUAGCAUCGGCAUGAUGUUUUCUGGUGACAGAAAUUGCUUGCAGAAGGCUAGAAGUUGGCGUGCAGAUCUAGUCACAGCGUACAAGAUGCUAUGCAGCGCUGCUUGCCGUCAUGGCAGCUUAAUUGCAACUAAUGACGAGGAUAUCCUAACGGUCAGUAGCUGGCUCGAGUGGAUCACCGUCGAGCGCUACUGUCGGCUGGCGUAUUCCAUUUGGAUGAUUGAUUCGAUGUGGUCUUAUCUUCUGAAGGAGGACGCCUUUCUGCCCUCAAUGCUUCCAACAAUCCCUCUGCCGUGCGCAGAAAUACUCUGGGAUGCGCCUUCUGCAAAGCAAUGGCGAGAAAUCGCCGUGAUAGCAGGCACAACAUCAUCCCUCAAAAACUCUGUUAAAGACAUCUUCGUCCGCCGAGAGGUGCGAUCCACACUUGGGGAAUUCAGUCGUAUCUUGUUGAUACACGGAUUGUACCAUCACAUGCGGCACAUUAAGGGGGUCCUGGAAAGCGAUCUGGAAUGGUCUACUGUCGGCAUUGAUCACGAUGUCAGCGCUGGAAUGCCAUGGUGGACCUGGCCUCCAACACUCUCAUCGUAUCACAAAUGGCGUGAAGCCUCAUGCGAUUGCUUAGACACUUUGCACUGGAGAGCGAACAGCGUCGUUGGUGCUGCGUCUGGGCUUGAACAUCCGACCGUCGCCCAUUUGCAUCUUGCGCGCAUUGUUCUUCUCACCCCAUAUGGCGAAAUACAAGACUUUGCAACGUCGCUCAUGUCGCAAAACAAUGAGAUAUGCCAAAGACGGCUGGAAUUGACGACGAUUGUGCGUACCUGGGCUCAACAAGAUUGCGCGAAAGCUCGACUUGCCAUCAUCCAUGCUGGAGUCACCUUCUGGCAUCUGAGACGCUUCAGCGUUGGCGCCUUUUACGAAGCUCAUGCCGUGGUGCUGGCAGCUUUGGUUUUGUGGGCAUUCGCCAUAUUUACCGAGCGUCAGCCUCUGCAAACUCACAGCCCAAGCACCCCCUGCACGACGACAACAAGCUCCAAAAAUCCUCUUCCGGCUUCAAUCAAUCUAGAUCGUCCAUGCGACGAUGAGCUGGUUCAGGCCUUCAUUCAAGAAGGAACACGGAUACCAGCAAUGAUCGGAGGUGUAGGAGAUAUAUGCUCUCCACUGGGUCCUCUACGUAUCCUCGAACAAGCCAUGGAUAUCCUGAGAACUUUUGACAACUGGGGCAUCGCCGCGGAAGCGACAGACUUUCUCUCUAGAUUGUCACAAGUCGACUACGCAGCUCUGAUGGCAGUUUAGUGUUUUCAGAUUGAAAUUCAGAUUAUCCUGGCGCCAUAAUAAUUAUGCUUGAGCAAAAGUUCUUAAUUUCUAUCAUUA